AUGGGAUCCAACGUUGAGCUGGUAUGGCCAGAGUCAGAGGCAUAUUCCUCACGGGUGAACAACUGCUCACAUGCAAAUUCAUCCCUAGCUGUAAUUCGAGCGAAGUUGAGUGCCGAACAAUUAGAACAAUUCAAGACAUCAUGCUUUGGCCAUCUUCUGAAUAUAGAUAAGAUUCAGUUUAGCGGGCAGAUUGUGCAUGGGGUUGUGUUGCGUAGAGUAGCGGGGCAGGGUGUGAAAGACUUGGAUGGACUGAGUUUCUUAAUAGGGUGCGACGUUGCUCAGUUCACUCGUCAGGAUUUCUGUUUGAUCUCAGGGCUUCGUUUUGGGGAAGUGCCUGAAGUUUCCAGUGGAGAAAGUGAUGAAAUUAGACUUCAGAAAAGAUAUUUUAUAGACGAAGGAAUUACAUGUAAUGCUUUAGAAGAAGCAUUUGUGAGGUGCACAGAGGAAGAUGACGUCUACAAGCUAGCUCUUGUUUACUUUGCUGAGUUAGUGGUUUUGGGAAGGGACAAACAUUUGAACAUCAAUCUAAAUUACCUGACCCUUGUAGAGGACUUGGAUGCGUUCAACAGGUUUCCAUGGGGUUCGGUGUCGUUUGACAAAACCCAAGACAGUCUGUUUUCUGCACCAACAAAGUAUGUGAAAAGCUUUGAAAAUGAAGAGGGAAGAGGGAAGGGGAAAUGUAAGGUAACCGGAACAAGCCGGAGAAAUGAGAAGGGCAAGAAGGAUAACCAUGGUGAAGUGCAAAGGGGUGGCUGGAGUUUUAAAGGUUUCACGUAUGCUUUCCAGAUUUGGGUAUAUGAAUUAAUUCCUAGAAUGGUGGACCUGAAUUACUGCAAGGUUGUUGAUCCGACAGCUCUCCCGCGUAUUUUGCGAUGGAGAACUACUACGUCUGUUCCCGAGAUGAGAAAGUUGAACAAUUAUUUUUUCCAGAGCAAAGAGUCAGUUCAGUUGCGGGCGCUAUGUCCAAGUGAAGAGGAAAUGAGACAACCAUAUUGGAGUUGGCCACAGGGUCGCCCUGCUGUUGUCUCGGCAGAGUCAAUUCCUUCUUCAUGUGCUGACCUUGAUGAGUUGAACAAGGCGGUAAGCUUGUUGAGGUCCGAGUUGUUUCAAGUAAAGCGGGAAAAGGACGUCCUUGAGUUAAAGGAAGUGAGAAGGGACAUAGCUUUACUGAAAGAGAGGACGAAUCGUUGUGUCGUGUCACAUCUAUUUAAGGGAUAUGAGGAAGUGGAUGGCAUGCAAUGGGAUGAAGGGCCAAGUAAUAGAAAUGAAGGAGAGGCAAAUGAAGAGGAGGACAUUGAAGGGGGUGAAGGGCCAAAUAACAGAAAUGAGGGAGAGGACAAGGAAGAGGAGGGGAUUGAAAGGGGUGAAGGGGCAAGUAAGACAAAUGAGGGAGAGGAAAAGGAAGAGGAGGGGAUUGAAGGGGGUGAAGUGCCAAGUAAGAGAAAUGAGGGAGAGGAAAAGGAAAGAGAGGGGAUUGAAGGAGGCCAAGUGCAAAGAAAACCAAGGGAGGUAGAGGAAGCUCAAAGGAAAAGAAGUGAGGGAGAGCAAGUGAAAAUAAAAAGCAGCAAAGGAGAGGAAGCGCAAAGAAAGAGCAUUGAGGGAGAGGAAGAACUGCAAAGAAAAAGCAGUGAGGGAGAGGAUCCGAAAAAAAAAAAGAAGGGCAAGGAAGUGAAAAGACAGAGAAGUGAGGAAAAGGAAGUGCAAAGAAACCAAUGUGAGGAAGAGGAUGAUGAAGUUAUGUUGGUUGGCGAUGACAUUGGCGAGAGCACGGAGGGGACAAAGGUUGAGGUUACUGUCGGGGACAUUGAUUUGGAUCAACCUAGAGCUGUGUUAUCUCAGUUGAACGUUUGGUUGAAUGAUGAAGGUCAAGGUGUGGAACGAGGGGUCCAAUUACGGAAGAGGAAGAGGAUUAUUCCUAUGUGGAAGAUCGUUGAAGCUAGUGAAGUGGUUAAAAAAAUUUGCCAAAGACAACCGGACUUCGGACGUUAG